AUGUACAAGAUGAACAUCUGCAACAAGCCCUCCAACAAGACAGCGCCGGAGAAGAGUGUGUGGACAGCACCCCCCCAGGCCAGCGGACCCCCCCCAGAGCUGCAGGGCCAGCGGUCCCGCCGGAAUGGGUGGAGCUGGCCCCCUCACCCGCUCCAGAUUGUGGCCUGGCUGCUGUACCUCUUCUUCGCUGUGAUCGGCUUUGGGGUCCUUGUGCCGCUCCUGCCUCACCACUGGGUGCCUGCUGGCUAUGCUUGCAUGGGCGCCAUCUUUGCUGGUCACCUCGUGGUGCAUCUGAUUGCUGUCUCCAUCGAUCCAGCAGAUGCCAACGUGAGGGUCAAGAGCUAUGCAGGGCCCUUGCCCAUCUUCAACCGCAGCCAACACGCACAUGUCAUUGAAGACCUGCACUGCAAUCUGUGCGACGUAGAUGUGAGCGCUCGCUCCAAACACUGCAGUGCCUGCAACAAGUGCGUGUGCGGCUUCGACCACCACUGCAAGUGGCUCAACAACUGUGUGGGAGAAAGGAACUACCGGCUCUUUCUACACAGUGUGGCAUCUGCCUUGCUGGGGGUCCUGCUCCUCGUGCUGGUGGCCACUUAUGUCUUCGUGGAGUUCUUUGUCAAUCCCAUGCGGCUGCGCACCAAUUACCACUUUGAAGUCCUGAAGAAUCACACAGAUGUAUGGUUCGUUUUCCUGCCUGCCGCCCCCGUGGAAACCCAGGCUCCUGCCAUCCUGGCCCUGGCCGCCCUCCUCAUCCUUCUGGGCCUGCUCUCCACAGCCCUGCUGGGCCACCUGCUCUGCUUCCACAUCUAUCUCAUGUGGCACAAGCUCACAACCUAUGAGUACAUCGUGCAGCAUCGUCCGCCACAGGAGGCCAAGGGGGCUGACAGGCAGCUCGACUCAUGUCCCCCCAAGAUGCGACCCAUCCAGGAAAUGGAGUUCUACAUGCGGACCUUCAGCCACGUGCGCCCAGAGCCCCCUGGCCAGCUCAGGCCUGCUGCAGUGAGUGCCAAUGGCCAAGUGGAGCCUCCACUACCCUCUUCUCCAGAGACUCUGGCUCUGCCCCCCAGGAUCCGGCCCCAGAAAAAGAGGAAGCCGGGGCCCCCGGUCCCCGGCCACCGCUCCAGCUCCUCGUCGUCGGAUUCUCAGGGCGCUAGCCCGGUGCUCGUCGCUGGCCCUGCAGGCGCCUUCCACUCGGCGUCAGCGGAGUCCAUGGACGAGAUUCCCGUGGCUCAGACGCGCCUGGGCAGCGCCGCGCUGGCCGCUCCCGGAGCCCGGGGCCGAGAGCCAGGGCUGGGGCUGCAGGCGCGUGUGCCUGCUGUGUUCGUGAGCCCGAGCAGUGGCGAGCCCAGGGUGCGGGGCAGCCCAGAGGCCUGCCUGGCUUAG